UGGUAGGAAGGCUUUUCAGCAUUACCAAGGGAAGAGAGAGUGUACAAGUUGAACCGGCUAUCUCAGGGCGGAAGCAGCAAGGAUCUCUUCCCGUUACUGCUAGAGGCAAAUUCUCUCUCAAAAAUUUGCUCUUAGGCUUCUUCAUCCUCAGAACUGGCAAUGAAAUCGUACCACAAAUUGCCCACCCAUGUGACUCCUGCUCCUGGUCCUUACUGUGAGGAGGAAGAAGAAGAGGAAGAUGAGGGCCAUGGCCCCGGCUUCCCCGCUGUCAAGAAGACCCUGUCCCUCAGGUGGCGGUGGCUAGGAAUGGCUGUGGUGGUGGGGGCUGUCCUGCUGGGGGGCACCUUCUGGGCCGUCAGCCUCCAGAGACUUCCUGGAGAGCCUCUGGGGAGGUGCAGCCCGGUUCCCGAGGCCCAGCGAUUUGAUUGCUACCCUGAGCGGGACGCGGUGGUGACCCCAGAACUCUGCCACCUGAGAGGCUGCUGCUUCCUGCAGAGCGGCAGCCGGGGAGGGCCGCCCUGGUGCUUCUACCCCCCUGACUUCCCCAGCUACACCCUGCAGUCACUGAACAGGACCGAACUGGGCUUCCUGGGGCUGCUGACGAGGACAGUGAAGACCUAUUAUCCCCGGGAUGUGCUGGAGUUGCAGCUGCAGGUGGAUUUGGAGACAGACACCCGGCUACACAUCAAGCUGACUGAUCCCCACCACUCCAGAUACGAGGUACCUCUGGAAGUUCCGCCAACCAUGAAAAAAGCAGAGAACCCCCUCUACAGCCUCGAUUUCUCCAGGGAUCCCUUUGGGAUUUUGGUGAAACGUCGGGGGUCAGGAGUUGUACUGUUGAACACAACUGUGGCUCCAUUAAUCUUUGCUGACCAGUUCCUUCAGAUCUCUACUCUUCUUCCAUCUGCAUUCCUCUAUGGGCUGGGGGAGCAUCGCCGUGGCUUUCUUCACCACUUGGAUUGGACCACCCUGAGUUUUUGGGCCCGGGAUGUGCCACCCACGGAGUCAUUCAAUCUUUAUGGGGCGCACCCCUUUUACUUGAAUAUGGAAGAGGCAGGAUCUGCUCAUGGCGUUUUCCUCCUGAAUAGCAAUGCCAUGGAGGUGGUUCUGCAGCCUGCCCCGGCGCUGACGUGGAGGACGGUGGGGGGCGUUCUGGACUUGUAUGUCUUCCUGGGGCCAGACCCGAGCUCCGUGGUCCAGCAGUACCAGCAGGUCAUCGGCUUCCCUACUAUGCCGCCUCUCUGGGGACUUGGCUUCCAUCUUUGCCGCUGGGGUUAUGGCAGCAGCAACCAGACCUGGGAGACGGUGAAAAACAUGAGGAAUUAUCUCAUCCCCCAGGAUGCUCAGUGGAAUGACAUUGACUACAUGGAAGGAUCUCGGGAUUUCACCGUUGACCCAGAGCAUUUUGGCACACUCCCCCAGCUGGUGAUGGACCUUCACAAGCAUGGACAAUAUUAUGUCCCAAUUGUGGAUCCUGCCAUCAGCAGCAGUCAGCCUACUGGCACUUACGCACCUUAUGAUGAAGGUUUGAAAAGAGGGAUCUUCAUUAACAACACCAAUGGACAGCCAUUGAUUGGACAGGUGUGGCCCGGCCUCACUGCAUUCCCUGACUUCUCCAACCCAGAGACACAUCAGUGGUGGCUAGAGAACCUGAAUGUAUUCCACGCCCAAGUUCCCUUUGAUGGACUCUGGAUUGACAUGAAUGAACCAUCUAACUUCCAGGAUGGUUCAGUGGAUGGUUGCACUUCUGAAGAAUUGGAUAACCCACCCUACAAACCCGCGGUGCUGGGAGGAUCUUUAUUUGCCAAGACAAUCUGUGCCUCUGCAAAGCAAAGGCUCUCCUCCCACUAUAACCUUCAUAACUUGUAUGGGCUGAUGGAAGCUAAAGCUACUGCCAGUGCCCUGAUUGCUAUCCGUGGGAAGCGCCCAUUUGUCAUUUCCCGAUCCACCUUUCCCAGUCAGGGCCGCUACUCUGGGCACUGGCUGGGAGACAACAGGAGUGAAUGGAAGGAUAUGUACUGGUCAAUACCAGGUUUGCUAAACUUCAAUCUCUUUGGGAUUCCUUUGGUUGGAGCUGAUAUCUGUGGAUUUUCAGGAUCUACUACUGAAGAAUUAUGUACUCGAUGGAUGCAGCUUGGAGCCUUUUAUCCUUUUGCCCGAAACCACAAUGCCAAAGAUGUACAGGCCCAGGAUCCCACGGUAUUCAGCCCUCCGGCACGGACAGUCAUGAAGGGAGCCCUCAUGACCCGAUACGCCCUUCUGCCCUACCUCUACACCCUCUUCCACCAUGCCCACCGCCGGGGCGACACCGUGGCCCGGCCCCUGCUCUUCGAAUUCCCCCGAGACACAAACACCUAUGCCCUGGACCGGCAGUUCUUAUGGGGACGGAGUCUCCUGGUGACCCCUGUCUUGGAGUCAGGUGUAGAUGCAGUGACUGGCUACUUCCCCAGCGGGCUCUGGUAUGACUACUAUUCGGGCUCACCUCUGCAAAGCCAAGGAGAAGAAGUGAAGCUGGCAGCUCCUCUUAACCAUAUAAAUGUACACAUUCGUGAAGGUGCUGUCCUCCCCACCCAGAAACCAGACAUCACCAGCUGGAUGAGCAGUGGAAAUCCUUUGCUUCUGGUAGCUGCUCUGUCCCAGGAGGGCAUAGCCUGGGGGGACCUUUUCUGGGAUGAUGGGGAGAGCCUGGACACCUUUGAAAGAGGCAACUAUUCCUAUGUGGUAUUUAACGUCUCACAGAAUAUUUUCACAUCCACGGUCCUUCACUGCAAUUUGGAAGCUAUUUAUAUCACAGUGGAUGGACUGACAGUCUAUGGAGUACAGAAACAACCUCAGGUGGUCACUGUUAAUGGCCAAGAAAUCCCCUUCUCCUACCUAGAGAACCAGGUUCUCAGCAUGAGUGGCCUUAAUCUGAACCUCAGCCAGUCCUUCUCCAUACAGUGGAUUUGAGAUCCCAGAAUUUGUGCCUAGGCCUGGGGAAGACUUCCAGCCCUUGCUUACUGCAUCCCAAAGUGCAAAUGGACGUGUAUCUGUGUGUGUUUGUAUGAGUGUAACAAAAGAGCCUAAAAUGGAGACGCAUGGUGUCAUUGACGCAUCAUAUUGUGCAGCUGCUGGAAGGUCUCCCUGUCUGUAGCAGCUCAGGAAUAAUCCACCCUUUCCAAACCAGACAGCAGACACUGCCCUAAUCACCAUUAAAGGCUUUAAAGUCCCCAAGACCCCUCCUUUCCCCAUGACCCAAAACUGUGAUUGUCAGAUUACACACUUGGAUGGGUUCUCUAGAGGACACCAGACAGGGUUUUCCCUUUCAAACUUGUUUGCACUUUACCCAUAGACAUAGAAUACCUCCCUCCAACAAUUGGGGAGUAUAUGCUAUUCAUUUGACCUCAGAAAUGCUGGCCUUUCCUGCUGCUGAGAUUUGAUGAAAAGACAGUAUUUCAUGUAAGAAAAGAAUCUGAUCCUAGUGAUUCUUGACUUUGUUCUACAGACUAUUCCCAGGUAGUGCCUGUAUAUAUAUACUCUAUGGAAGAAGAUACCCAGAUAGCCCUUAGUGGUUAGUGGGUAGGCUUGUCAUUGUUAUGGGGGGCUUAUCAUUGUCAGAUUAACUGUGAAAGUCUGUGCAACCUUGGAAAGCCUGGGGGGCACAAAGAGAAGCAUGCAGAUCUGGGGAUCAGGAAUUCUCACAUGGUCUGAAAUACACUGUAAAUAUACUUGUGUAAUUCUUUUGGUUGCUUAGUGUAAAAAAAAAAUUUAAUAAAGCCCACGAUGGAAUAUUCACAU